AUGACAAAAUGUAAUCCAGUGGCUACUCCAGUCGACACCGAUUCCAAGCUUAGUGCCACCUCUGGCCCAGCAUUUUCCGAUCUCACUCUAUAUAGAAGCCUAGCAGGUGCUCUUCAGUACCUCACUUUUACUCGGCCAGAUAUUGCAUACGCAGUUCAGCAGGAAUGUCUAUUUAUGCAUGACCCCCGUGAGCCUCACAUGCAUGCCCUCAAGCGAAUCCUUCGCUAUCUUCAGGGUACUAUCAACCACGGACUGUUUCUCUCGGUUUCCACUAUUUCUGGCUUAACAACAUACUCUGAUGCUGACUGGGCGGGUUGUCCUGACUCUCGACGAUCGACAUCUGACUUUUGUAUCUUUCCUGGUGACAAUCUCAUCUCCUGGUCCUCCAAGCGACAAGCAACAGUGUCUCGAUCCAGUGCUGAAGCUGAAUACCGGGGAGUAGCAAAUACAGUUGCUGAGACAACAUGGCUUCGCAACCUUCUUCUAUAG